AUGAAUCAGCUCGGUUUCCGGGCCCGAAACACUAGCAAAAGAGAUGGUCAGUUGGUUACGAAUGUGAGUUAUGUGGUCGAUAAAAUGGUCAAGUGAUAAGAGGAGGUUGCAGGCGGUUUUUGGUGUUAAAAACGAUUUUUAGGGGGUUUUUGGGUACGGUGACAAAGACCAGACUAGACCAGACCAGACCAGACCAGACCAGACCAGACCAGACCAAAUGAAACCAACCAAGCCCAGCUCAGCUCAGCUCAGCCCAGCCCAGCCCAGCCCAGCCCAGCCCAGCCCAGCCCAGCCCAGCCCAGCCUUGCCUUGCUCUACUUUACUUUGCUCAGUCUAG